GCUCUGACGCCGCACUAACACGUGACGUGAAUCCUUCGCAUCAUCGACAUGAACCAGCGCAUAGAGUACGCGUUGGCCUCUGAAUUUGGCCCUUCUUCUGAACCUGUUGAUUUGAAAAAGUUUGCUCAAGAUGUCGCUGUUCUUUCCCACUCCGUCCGGAACCUCACAGGGUCUGAAGUAAACCAGACUUCAAUGACUGAGGAAUGCAGUGUCGCAGAUAUUCACAACUCACUCAUGGAUAUCUGGAAUAGUUCGAAACUUCUAGCCUACCUCUAUCGGAGUCACGAUACUGCUAUCGCGUCUUUGCACGGAAAUACUUCAAGGGUGACGAAAACACGCAAAAAAUCCGCGGCAGCCUCAGAGCCUUGUAAUGAGUUGCAAGACGUGCAACAACUUCAGGCGAAACUCGAUACAAUAGCUCUGUCUUCUUGGAAAUUAAUGCCCGAUGCUGCUCUUUUCACAAGACCUCCCAGAAAUGCAGAUUACAACACUCUUACUGCCAUUAGAGUCUCAGAUACCGACAUGGACACCCCUACCGACGCGAUCGAUUCUCAAGUUCUCAUCACACUCACGACGCAUUUCAAAGUGCAUUGGCGGACAAGCGUACUUAGCAAGAAUUCUCAACACGUACUCAUGGCUUCGCAAACACUGGGAGACCUGUUUGAAGUUAUGCCGUGCGUGUCAAACGAGUAUCCGGAAGAGAUUGUUGAGGACGAUAAAGUCAUCGGUUACAAGGAAACGAAUGGGAUGAAUGGCAGCAGCGGAUGCGUCAUCGUCAUCAACGAUCUUGCUUAUGGAGAUGCUUUGAACGAAGAGGAUUAUGCUGAUAAACUUGUGAAACAUUUGAAGAUUACCAAGUCUGCAAGUGCAAUCAAGAAAGCCAAAACUGCAAUGCAUGACACCCCACUUUCCUCUUUAGCACUCCAAAUCAAUGUACCAUACUGGCUUCUACACCAAGGAAACUGUGAGCAUUUCAUUGUAGUUGAUCAAAUUAGAUCGAAGCAUUCCGAAGAUCCAGUUACCGGGUAUCCUCUUACUCUGUAUCAGAUCCCGGCGUCAUUGGAUUGGUGUCAGGCUUGUACAAAAAUACCUGCAGUUUGGUCUAUCAUCGGAGAUGUGAGGCUGGAGGCAAGUCCCUGCUUAUUGUGUGGUCCAUGUUGGAAAAGUAUGGGUGAGCCCACCAAUGAAGGCGAUGAAGUGCUUGCUGUGCCUUUGCCAAAAUACAAGUUGUGGUAAUGCAUGUAUGUACACAAAUAUUGUAGGGGUAUUAGAAAAUAUUAUGAAAUAACGUCGCU